AUGAAGGUGAGCCAAGAUGGGCAGACUGCGCUGGAAACGAAGCUAGAUUGUCUAGCCAUUCUCAUCGGUUAUGUUGGUUUGGCUGUCGGUACACUCACUUUCGUCGUAUUAUCUGUGCGAUUCUGCAUCGAGAAGUACCCCAAUCGCGGAUGGGAUAAGGACGACUUUUCCGAGUUCUUGGACUUCUUUAUCAUUUGUAUCACCGUGUUGGUGGUUGCUAUUCCCAAGGGGUUGCCACUGGCCGUCACAUUGGCUUUGCCCGCUUUCAGUAUGAAGCGCAUGUUGAAGGAGAACAAUUUGGUGUGCCAUCUGCAUGCUUGCAAAACUAUGGGCAGUGCUACGGUCAUCUGCAAUAACAAGACCGGAACGCUCACAACGAACUCUAUGACGGUGGUUAAGGCUAAUAUCUGUCAAACUGAGCUGAAACAGAAGUUGGGCCUAGUGUGUGCGCAUGAGGGGAGUGACUAUCGUGAGGAGCGAUCCAAGGCCGAAGUGCUGCGCUUGUGCCAGUUGUCACAGGCGGACGGAUCCACACAGGGGUGCACCAUAUGCAGCUUGAGCAUGUCCACGUGGCCUAUUUAA